UCCAUUGUCUGAUUUUUGUCUCCCCAGACUACUGAUUAGCAUCUAAUGGACGGACGGUUGUCAAGGAGUCCAGUCUCUGAAGAACCUAAACAGAGGCACACCUGUUCCCGUGUGUGUGUGUGUGUGUGUGUGUGUGUGUGUGUUCUGGCUUUUUAACACAGGACCGUCACAAGUGUACCGGCCGCUCGUGUUGAGUAACUCAUGGAUGGAGGGGAGGCAGAAGUGAAUAGCAGAGGAGUAACAGGAGAAAAGAAGGGCAGAAAAAGCUAAAGGACACACAACAAAGAUGCCUCCAAAGAGGAAAAACGAAGCUGUAAUUAAGGUGGAGGAUGUUGGGAUGGAGGUUGAUGCCGUGCUUGACAGUGGAAGUGAAGAUGAGGCCAGGAGGAGAAGUAAAAACAGAAGAGCCAAACCACAACGUAAAACCAAACAGGUCAGCGAUGAUGAAGAGGAAGAGGAGGAUGAAGCACCGAGGAAAAGGGGACAAAGGAAGAAGGCCAAACCCCGGGACAGCGACGAAGACGAUGAGGACGACAACCGGAGCGUGAAAAGCAAAAGCUCCAAAGCCUCCAGGAGGAAAGCCGCGAAGGAGGAGAGCGAUGAGGAGAGCGAAGAAGACCAACAGAGAAGGAAAAAACGAGGGAAAGCUGCGUCCAAAGAGGAGAAGGAGGAGCAGAAUAAGGAGAAGAAGGGAAAUGUUAAAGGGAUAAAGGAUAAAGGUGGUGAAAAGGACAAGAAAAAGAAGAAUGGGAAGUUGAGCAGCUCUUCUUCGUCCUCUGAGUCUGAUGAAGAAUCGCUGUCGGAGGGAGAGAUCGAAGCCCUGAAGGAACAGGUGGAGGAGAAGAAGAAACUGAUCGCCACACUAAGGAACCAACCCUGGCGCAUGAAGAGGAGACUCGUAGUGCUCAAGGAGGCCCAGGAGUUUGUUGAAAAAUUCGAAGGAGCUCUUGGCAAAGGAAGAGGCCGGAAGCUGUAUGCGUUCAAAGUCAUGAUGUCCAAGAAACUAAUCAAGUUUAAACGCGACUUUGAGAACUUCAAAACCGCCUGUAUACCCUGGGAGAGGAAGAUAAAGGAAGUAGAAAGUCACUUUGGAUCAUCUGUGGCCUCCUACUUUAUUUUCCUGAGGUGGAUGUACGGUCUGAAUCUGGUCCUGUUUGGGCUCAUGUUUGGCCUGGUGAUGUUGCCUGAGAUCCUCAUGGGUCUCCCCUAUGGCUCCAUUCCCAGGAAGACUGUGCCUCGAGAGGAGCAGGAAACGGCGAUGGACUAUGCUGUGCUCUUUGACUUUGGGGGAUACUGCAAGUACUCCUUUUUGUUCUAUGGGUACUACAACAACGAGCCAACAAUCGGGGUGCUGAAGUUCAGACUCCCCCUGUCAUACCUGCUGGUCGGCGUCGGCAUCUUUGGAUACAGCCUGAUGGUUGUCAUAAGAACGAUGGCUCGCAACUCAAAUGAAGGAGGAGACGGUGCAGAGGAGGGCGAGUUCAUCUUCAGCUGGAAGAUGUUCACCAGCUGGGACUACCUGAUAGGAAACCCCGAGACUGCAGACAAUAAGUACGCCUCCAUUACCACCAGCUUCAAGGAAUCCAUCGUGGAUGAGCAGGAAAACCAGAAAGAUGAGAACAUCCAUCUCCGGCGGUUCCUCAGGGUUCUGGCAAACUUCCUGAUCAUUUCGUGUCUCGGGGGCAGCGGAUACCUCAUCUACUUUGUGGUGAAACGUUCUCAAGAGUUCGCAAAGCAGAAUAAAGAGAAUCUCUCCUGGUUUGAAAAGAAUGAGGUGGAGUUUGUGAUGUCUCUGCUCGGGCUGGUGUGUCCUCCUCUGUUUGAAACCAUCGCAGAAUUGGAAGAUUAUCACCCUCGUAUUGCCCUCAAGUGGCAGCUGGGACGAAUCUUUGCCCUCUUCCUGGGAAACCUUUACACUUUUCUCUUCGCCCUGUUUGAUGAAGUUACUGCCAAGUUGGAGAGCGAGAAGGCGAUCAAGAACGCCACUGAAUGGGCUUCCAGUCUGUACUUCGCCAACUACAGCUCCUUCUUCAACACGACAGAUGUGCCUCCUCCAGCUGUGCACCCGGCCGACGUCAUCAGAGGACCCUGCUGGGAGACUGCAGUGGGAAUAGAAUUUGUGAAGCUGAUCGUGUCCGACAUUCAGGUGACCUAUUUGACCAUCCUGAUUGGUGACUUUGCGCGGGCCGUCAUCGUCCGCUUCCUGAACUACUGCUGGUGCUGGGACCUGGAGGCCGGAUUUCCUUCAUAUGGAGAGUUUGACAUCAGUGGCAAUGUGCUGGGGCUCGUCUUCAAUCAAGGAAUGAUAUGGAUGGGAGCCUUUUACGCUCCAGGUCUGGUGGGUCUGAACGUUCUGCGUCUCCUCACCUCCAUGUACUACCAGUGCUGGGCCGUGAUGUGCUGCAACGUUCCUCAUGAACGAGUUUUCAAGGCCUCAAAGUCCAAUAACUUCUACAUGGGCCUGUUGCUGCUCGUGCUGUUCCUCAGCCUGCUGCCUGUCGUCUACACCAUCAUGACCCUGUCGCCGUCCUUCGACUGUGGGCCAUUCAGUGGCCAGGAGAAGAUGUACAACGUGAUCAUGGAGACUAUAGAACAGGAUCUGCCGGCCUUCAUUGGGAACAUUUUUACAUAUGCCACCAACCCUGGACUCAUCAUGCCUGCUGUGCUCCUCAUGGUGUUGGCCAUCUACUACCUGAAUGCAGUGUCAAAGGGAUACCAACAAGCAAACAUGGACCUUAAGAGGAAGAUGCAGAUGGCUCGCGAUGAGGAAAAGAACCGCAGGAACAACAAGGACAGCACUAAUCAAGUGAUGAAAGACUUGGAGGACCUGCUGCCAAACAAAUCUCUAAUCCCGCCUCCCACCCCGGAGGAAGAGCCUCCCCCACCUGAUGUUGUAAUUGAGAAGGGCAGCAAGUCUUCCAAAACGAAGCCAGGUGCAGCAGCGAAAGGGGUUAAUCUCCAAAAGGAUGUGUCACUGGCUGCCCCAAACCCCAGAGCUCCAGUGACCCGCGCCCCAGGGCCAAGAAGGGGGCCUCCUGGAAAUGCCAGGGGGCCUCAGCCUGGGCCUGGGAGAGGAAGGGGUCGGGCUGGGCCUCCAAGGCAAUAAGAGUCAUGAUUCAUGGACUGAAAUCUAGACGAUACGUACACUUCACCACAAAAAAGCGAGGGUCUGUUAACAUGACCAGUGCAGUCACAGUAUACGUGCAGGUACCACUCUUUAAAUGUUAUUGGCUGACUGAUAAAAAC